AUGUCAGAGCUGCUAACCCCCAAGUCGCCAUCGUCAAAAAGCCCGCAGCGCAUCUUCCACCCUUAUUCCUCUCCCGUACAACGUCCAUGUCCUAUAUGGCAGUAUCUGUCUGUCUCAUGUAACAUGGAGUUGGUGAGAAUGAAUGGUUGGAGACGUAAAGUUGGAUCAAUGGCUCAGCGCGAUGUUUUUGAGCCAACGAUAUGGUCAAAAAGGAGUGGGGCCCAGGUUGAGGGGAUAUCGCGCGGCCGGAAGAGGGCUUUACUUCGCGCACAAGAUUUUAUCACUUGCCCGAGGCAGAAAUUACCUAGAUAG